AUGGCUAGCAACGAUUACAAAAGUUUACCAGUCACUGUGGAAAAACCUAUCCCAGUCACCUACGAUCUAGGUAACCUAUCUGUCUUUGAUUCUAAUGUCCUUGACAGAAAUGAUUUUGAUUCCUCAAAUGCUAAGCGUGAAGAACAUCUAAGAAACCUUACUCGUGAUAAUGCACAACUUUUAAUUAACCAAUUAUUGUCAUUACCAAUCAAAAGUACGACAGAUGCAGCUGGUGGUACAAGUGGUCAAAGUUCAACAAUGUCUUUACUGAGAUUACCUGAACCAAUGAGUGAAUUACCAAGAGAAAAGCCAUUACCUAAACCAAAGGCUCCAACUAAAUGGGAGAAGUUUGCUGCCAAGAAAGGUAUUAAAGCUAAGGAAAAGAGUGGUAAGAUGGUCUUUGAUGAGGCUAGUGGUGAAUGGGUUCCAAAAUGGGGUUACAAAGGUGCCAAUAAGAAGCUUGAUGACCAAUGGUUGGUUGAAGUAGAUGAUAAAGUUGAGAAUACUGACAAAGAAUUGAUUGACCCAAGAACUCUGAAUAGACAAGAAAGAAUGAAAUUGAUCAAGAAGAACGAGAGACAACAGAAGAAGAACUCCAGAAACGCUUGA